UCGGGUAUAACUGUAGAGUUGCGGUGUCCGCAGCAACUCACAACGUUCCCCCUCGUUUUAUUAUGGUUUUUUAAAGAAAAUAUUGAAAGUGUCCCUCAAGACCAAAUGUUUGACCAGGAAAGCAAGAUCUGUCCACUUUUUCAAACAUUUAAGAUUAUUAUAGUUAAUGUAAACUAGGCGCAUAAUGGGGGAACCAUGGGCAUUUUUGAGAGAUGUGAAACGCCGAUUGGCCAAACGAUAAAAUAAACAAUUUGUUUCCUUUGGCAAAUAUUUUGAUACUCAACAGACACGCAGUUGGUUUUGGCGGGAACCUUUUGAAUUGAAUUUUCUUGUCAAAAUUGUGUAGUGUACUGUUUUUUAGUUCCAAUAUCGUUUCUGGGUCUUCCGUUCAACGGUUUCCGGGUCAGAGGCUCACGAAUACAAUUAUUGAUGAGCAUAUGAAUGGGAAAAUUAUGCAUUAAUGACUAUGAACUAUACAAUUUUUAAAUAAGCUGCUUUUAUAGUAUUGCUAGUUAGGCUUGCGAAAUGAAAUAAAGUUCAUAUAUAUACAGUUGCACAUAUUUAAUUUAAGUGCGUAGUGUAGAGCUGAACUAUAAACAAUCCUUCGAUUUGAUCACACGAUUGGCCCAGGACUUGUCCACCUUUUCUGCUGAUGAACUGGCCUGGAUUAUCGAGCACUGUGUGGAUGGCAUGCGACAGGGAGACGCCAAGUGCGUUGGUUGGAAGGAUUUGUUGCCAGAUUCACUGGCUCUGCUUUCGGCAACUCCACGUUUUAUACUAAAUGGGGUGGGAACCGAUGGAACCGAGUAUAGAAACAAUACAGUGAAAAGUAUAUGUACCAUGCGAUGGCCGUCUUCAAUCCUGACCCCCAUUGCUGACAUGUUCAAGGCCAUAAAUCUCAGCAACGGAGAAAUUUUUACCGUAUUAAAUAAAUUCUCCGGGGCUCUGCAGGAGCUAUCGCCAAUGGAGCUACCAGCUCUGUGCUUCCAGCUCUUUUCCAUGUGCCAAAAUGCCUCACAACUGAUUGUACCGCUGCUGGCAUUGGAGAAGUAUUUUCAACGCAAUUACUAUAAGCGCUUGUUCUCAGACAUGAGCAGCAACUCUACAGAUUUCGACAGCAUAGAUCCAUUUUCGGACAAAGAGCUGCGGGAGGCCGAAGAGACUAUACUCCAUCAUUUGAAUUACUGUACUAUGUAUAAACUAACUGAGAAACAUCUGGCCGUAAUGUUGAGGAACUUCUCGCAUUUGCCCGAUGUCAUUCUCACGCCAUUCAUGCUCAGCGCCAUUAUUUCGAUGACAAGUGUGAAUCGUGAUCCAGAAUCUGCGCGCAUCUCUCGAUCCAUUUUGCUGCCAUUCUUGCGAAAUGUCAUAAAGAAUAAUGAAGAAGAGAUAACUUUAGCAGACUACUCCGUUUGGUAUCGUGAUUCGUUACAGCGCAAACAAGUCGACUUGCAGCAGGUCUUAACGGUGCUCAUAGAUCAGAACAAAGAUGGAAAAGAUGUGAUAACACCAGGACUAGUCCACCUAGUAUUUUUUCUGCUUAAAUCGCACUCGCCCAAAAUGCAUACUCUAGCAAUUACUUUUUUAACAAAGUUCAUUCGCAAACGUUUCAUCUUUGGGCAAGGCAUCAUUAGACUCCUCUCUGAGUGGAUGAUUGUACAUCAAGAUCAAAACCAGUUUUCGGAAUGUUUAACACUAUUAAGUGUAGCUGGUACACCGUCUCAGAAUGCACUAAAUGACCUAUUUCGCUACUUGUUUUUUGUUUGACUUAUUUCGCUAAAUCCUCUUUUUACGCAAAAUGCAAUAAAAGCAA